UGACCCCAGCUUGAGGUGACGGCGGGAGCCAAGGCGGGGUCCCAAAAGCACUGAGGCUGAGGGACCCGCCACAGCUCCGUCGUCCGAGAGGCUGGGCCUGCUGCCGUCGAAUAUGUCCUGCAUGCCCCAGCGUCAUAUCGUUCCCUAAGCAGUCCGCUCACAAGUCCUCCAUGACUGCAGGACAGUGAGUAUGGGAACAGCUGUUGGCGUCCUGACUUCAACGACUUUCCCCUUCACCUGAUGCUAGCAACUCCAGCUACACAGAUCAAACCAGCCCAGAGAGGGACAGAGCCCUUGGACUCCCAGGUUCCUGGCCAGGGAGGUGGAGGAAAAGGAGAGGCCUAUCUGUCUGCUAGGGCGACGUGGCCUGAGGGACAGGCUGCUGGUCCUGGGAUGCCCCAGCCCAAGCCCAGUGAGCAGGAGUGUGAGAGCAUGAAGACCAGCCAGGAGCCAGCUCCCCAGCCUGGCACAGAUGUGGUCCCAGCAGCCCCCAGGAAGCCCAGGAAAUGCUCCAAACUGGUCCUGCUGACAGCUUCCAAAGACAGCGCCAAAGUGGCCGCAGCCAAACGCAAAGGAGUGCACUGCAUCAUGUCCCUGGGGGUGCCAGGCCCCGCCACCCUGGCCAAGGCCCUCCUCAAGACUCACCCCGAGGCUCAACGGGCCAUUGAAGCACCCCCCCAAGAACCCGAACAGAAGCGCAGCAAGCUGGACCUGGAUGCAGAUGGCCCAGAAGACAGUGGAGAGUCUGAGGUGUCCUCAUCAAGUCCUGAGGAGAGCCCUGUGUUCCCUGAGGCACCCAGCCCUUCCCCAUAACCUUGGCAGCUGUUCCAGCAUGUGCUGCUUGCUGUAUCAGUUACUUUUAUAAGCAAGAAGGAAAAAAGAAAAUAAAAGAAACUGCUAUUUCCUUCCA